GAAAUCAUUUUCUACUAUAGACCUGUUGUGAAUUCAGGGGUGCUUGAUACCUUGCAGGAUUUUAGUUUAUGAAUUUAGAACAGUGAAAAUAAGUUUUGUAUUGUGUAUUUUCUGGCCUCCGUACAAUUGCAAAUUAAACCGGAAAAUGUACAUUGGUUUAUCCUGGAUAAAAAUGCAUGUCCUGCACGGUCCUUCAAUCACAUUUUCCAACAGGGAGUCUGGUCGCCAGCCAGGCGGACCUUAACCCAGGGUCUUAAAAUAAGUGGGGAGGUCCUUGGGUUCUUAUACCCAAGCACCAUUACUGUGUUGAUAUUGAUUGGAUAUGGACCUCCACCCAGGGUCCAGAAAAAUAAGUGGGCAGGUGGCGUUAUGUUUUUUUUACAUACUGUCACUGUAAAAGAAAUGAUACUGUUUUCAUAUCAACAAAGGCUGAAGCAUAUUCCCAGACCUAAGAUGCGAGUCUGUAUGCUUGGAGAUGAUGCUCAUUGUGAUGAAGCUAAGGCCAAUGAUAUCCCCUCCAUGAAUGCUGAUGAUUUAAAGAAGCUGAACAAGAAUAAGAAGUUGGUCAAGAAGCUGGCUAAGAAGUAUGAUGCUUUUUUGGCAUCAGAUUCUCUGAUCAAGCAGAUCCCGCGUCUGUUGGGUCCAGGUCUAAGCAGAGCUGGCAAGUUCCCCACCCUUCUCACCCACAGUGAGCCCAUGACUGGGAAGGUGGAGGAAGUCAAAGCCACCAUCAAGUUCCAGAUGAAGAAGGUGUUGUGUCUUGCUGUUGCUAUCGGUCACGUAAACAUGGCUCCAGAAGAAUUAGUGGCAAACCUGAACAUCUCCAUCAACUUCCUGGUGUCUCUGCUGAAGAAGAACUGGCAGAAUGUGCGUGCCCUGUACAUCAAGACGUCUAUGGGACCUUCACAGCGAAUCUACUAGAACUGAACUAUUGACUGUGAUGUUCAAUAAGACAUUGUGUAGACCCAGUAGAAAAACAUCUUGUGGUCAUGAAUAUGAGUGUCAAUUGUCAAAUGAAAUAAAAGAGAAAAUUGUACUCGUUUA